CGAAAACUGCUCAAUCAUUAUGUUUGUUGGGAUAUUUUAUAAACAAGUUAAAUCAUUUACAUAAUGAUAUUUUAUGCUGAUACGAGCGAAAGAAGAAUUCAGUUUUUAUCCAGCUGUUAUCACACCAUGUCCACACUCAAGUAUUUGAGCGGUUUCGGGUCCGAAUUUUCCUCGGAAGACCCCAGAUGCCCCAACUCACUCCCGAAAGGGCAAAACAGCCCACAAAAGUGCCCAUAUGGGUUGUACGCCGAGCAAUUGUCCGGGAGCGCCUUUACGGCACCCAGAUGCGAAAACAGGAGGAGUUGGUUGUAUAGAAUCCGACCAUCGGUGGGACACAAGCCCUUUUCGCCCUUUCCAGGGGUCAAUGUUACGCACAACUGGACGGAAACAGAGCCCGACCCUAAUCAGAUGCGAUGGAAUCCCUUCGACUUGCCCAAACCCGGCGAAAACGUUGAUUUUGUCUCCGGUUUGAACACCGUCGCAGGGGCCGGGGACCCCAAAACCAAACAAGGCCUAGCUAUUCACAUUUAUUCCGCUAAUAAAUCAAUGAAAGACCGCUGUUUGUACAACUCGGACGGCGAUUUUUUAAUAGUCCCCCAAACCGGGAUUUUGAAAAUCACGACCGAGUUUGGGAAAAUGCAAGUGGCGCCGAACGAAAUCUGCGUCAUCCAGCAAGGGAUGCGAUUUUCGGUCGAAAUUGAGGAACCGUCCCGUGGUUACAUUUUGGAGGUGUUCGGGCAACACUUCACUCUCCCCGAUUUGGGCCCAAUUGGGGCGAAUGGUUUGGCCAACCCCCGCGAUUUUCUCACUCCUGUGGCAUGUUACGAGGAUCGUAAUGUCGCAAAAUACGAAGUCGUGGCCAAAUACCAGGGCAAAUUGUUUGUGUGUGAACAAGACCACAGCCCGUUUGACGUGGUGGCCUGGCACGGUAAUUACGUGCCGUAUAAGUACGACCUUGCCCGCUUUAAUGUCAUCAAUUCGGUGUCUUUCGACCACUGUGACCCCUCGAUUUUCACCGUCCUGACGUGUCAGUCUGAGAAAAAGGGCACGGCAAUUGCCGAUUUCGUGAUUUUCCCGCCGCGUUGGUCCGUUCAGGAACAUACGUUCAGGCCGCCUUACUACCACAGGAAUUGCAUGUCCGAGUUUAUGGGGCUUAUUUUCGGGGAGUAUGAGGCGAAGAGAGGGAGUUUUAGGCCAGGAGGGGCCACUUUGCACAGUAUUAUGACUCCGCACGGGCCCGAUUUUAAUUGUUUUGAGGCGGCAAGUGUCGAGGUUUUGAAGCCGGCCAGAGUGGCUGAUGGGACCCAGGCCUUCAUGUUUGAGAGUUGUUUGGGGUUGGCUGUCACCAAGUGGGGGGCUAAGACGUGCCAGAAGCUGGACCCGGAGUACUACCAGUGCUGGCAAGGGCUCAAGAGCCACUUUACCGGCCCGAAAUGAGAUUUUUCAAUAAAUUACUACGUUUACAA